CAGCCCCCCAGGCAUUCGCCAGACCUUCUAUGGCAAUUGCCAGAACUCAAUUGUACUCGACCUUCAAGGCCGAGGAACAGCCAAGAGUGAGAAUUGGAUCCGUGGCUCCAGACUGGACCGCCAACACCACGAAGGGUGAGAUUUCUUUCCACGACUACAUCGAGAAGAGCAAACAAUGGGUUGUGCUAUUCUCCCACCCUGCUGACUUCACCCCUGUGUGCACCACGGAAUUGGGUGCUUUCUCCAAGUUGGCUCCCGAGUUCAAGAAGCGCAAUGUCACCCUUUUAGGAUUGUCUACUGAGGACGUCGACAGCCACAAUGCCUGGAUCAAGGAUAUCGAGGAUGUCACCGGCGGCAACCCAUUCUCCUUCCCCAUCAUUGCCGACCCAAAGAAGGAGAUUGCUUUCAAGUAUGACAUGGUUUCCGAGGAGGACUUCCACAAGUUGGCCAACCAAAUGGUUGCCACCGUGAGAUCUGUCUUCAUCAUCGACCCAUCUAAGAAGGUCAGAUUAAUCAUGACUUACCCCGCUUCUGCCGGUAGAAACUCUGCUGAGGUGUUGAGAGUCAUCGACUCCUUGCAAUUGACCGACGCCAAGGGUGUUGUCACGCCUAUUGACUGGACCGCUGGCCAAGAUGUCAUCAUCCCACCAACUGUCUCUGAUGCUGACGCCAAGGCCAAGUUUGGCGAUUUCACCAAGACUAAACCGUACUUGAGAACCACUAAGGCUCCUCAAUAAACAAGAGGUUUCGAUGUGCCUUUUGACGCUCAAGCUUCAUUACAUAGAAACUAGAAUAUGAAGAUACAUGUACUUGAUCUUGUAGAAAAUUUUGUAGUUGAAAACACUGAACGUUGAAUUGACGGGUGCAUUGGAGAUACUCGAGGAACAUAAUCGCACCUAACAAAUAUAUACUCUGA